GAACGCUUGUUUUGAAUCCGCGGAGGCCUCGACAGAGAGCUUUGAGAUGUACCGUGAGGACUUCCGUUUGAACCCUCACAGAGCAAACAUCUAGGCCGGUUUAGUGUUCAGUGAAUACAUGGGCAAUAGAGCCUCCCCGGAGAGAGUCCUGGGACGCCCGAGCGAAUGGACUAUGGAACCCCAGUCAUACGUAGGUAUUGUGAUAAAUUACCAAACUUUAAAUUAUAGAAGUGUAAAAACAGUGACAGCGAUAGGAAGUAAAUCCACCUUCCAAGCAACACUCAAAGAAGCUGUAAAGAACUUCAUGCAGUUCCAACUGUGCCAUGCCCACUUUCCCUUGUUGAAGUUCACGCCUUCUGUUAUUGGAGCCCAGUUUGUGGGAUAUAGGAAGGAUAAAUGAGAGGAAUACAUCAGUACCAAUAUCGGUGCAUUCUGUAUAUUUACAAGACAAAGACAUUAGGCCACACCUGUUAUGAAAGAGAAUAUCCUGGUCUUCCAAUACCAAGCUGCUGAAAACAUGAUUGAUGAGUCACUUGACAUCAAGGAUGAAAUUGAGGAUAUUAACCCCCUUCCCCCACACUUCGAGUAUGAAGACAUUGUGGAUAUCAAGCAGGAAUGCCUCAUUGAAACUAAGAAAAGACACUACACAUCACUUAUUGAGGCCGGGUUUUCCUCAGUGGAUGAAGAGGAGGAGAAACUUUGGGAGAUUGAGGGAGAGCUUAUUGAGGUGAAGGAAGAACUGCUAGAAAUAGAGGAAGAGGUUGUGGAAGAUAAGGACUUCCAGGAAGACGGUUGUUCUUUUGUGCAGUACGUUGGUAAGGAAGACUUGCAUAGUUGUGAGGACCUCUCUUGUGGUCUUGAAGCCACUGAAGAAUCAUUCAAAGAGCCAUUGAAAUGCAGUACUUGUGGGAAGACGUUUUCAAACAAGUCAAAGUGGACCAUCCAUAGUAAGAGAUGCAAGACAGAAAAAACGUUCACUUGUGAUAUUUGUGGGAAAUGCUUUGCUCAAAAGGGAGGUAUUAUUUUGCAUAUGAGGACACACACAGGGGAAAAGCCCUAUGGCUGUGACAAAUGUGGGAAGAAAUUUCCACAUACAGGUGAUUUAGCAAGGCACAUGAGGGUUCACACUGGAGAAAAACCUUAUAUAUGUGAGGUAUGUGGAGCCAGCUUUUCCCAUAUAAGCACUUGCAAAAGGCACUUGAGAACACACACAGGUGAGAAGCCAUUUACCUGUGAUGUGUGUGGCAAGGACUUCCGGCACAAAAGCACACGGAACAGACACAUGAGGUCACACACAGGAGAAAAGAAAUUUAGCUGUGAUAUAUGCAAAAAGAUGUUUGGUGAGAAAGGUGAUGUAGUAAAGCACAUGAAGGUCCAUACAGGUCAAAAGGAUUUUUGCUGCAAAAUUUGUGGUUUCAGGUUUUACAUCCAACGUGACCUGGAAAGGCACAUGAGGAUUCAUACAAGAGAAAAGCCUUAUAGUUGCUCCAUAUGUGGUAAUAACUUUUCAAUAAAGAGCAACAUGUUGAAGCAUGUUAGAGGACAUAAAAUUCAAUGAUAGAAAAUUCUGACAAGAAAUACACAUAAAUUGCCUAAUAUGUACACUAGCCUAUUUGGUAAAGGACUGUGAUCUAUUAAUAUUUCACUGAACUGAAGUUUAUGUAAGAAAUGCAUGCCUGUAUAUAUGUGUGUGUGUAACUGUGUAUAUAUAUACGUAUAUACAUAUAUACACUUAUACAUAUACACAUAUAUACAUAUAUACAUAUAUACAUAUAUAUACAUAUAUACACAUACACAUUUGCACAUUUACACAUACAUAAUAUACACACAUACACACACAUACACAUACAUACACACAGAAACACAGACACAGACACAUAUACAGUCACAGUCACAGACACAGACACAGACACACAGUCAGAGUCACAGACACAGACACAGACACACAGUCAGAGUCACAGACACAGACACACAGACACACAGACACACAGACACAGACACAGACACAGACACAGACACAGACACAGACACAGACACAUACACAUACACAUACACAUACACAUACACAUACACAUACACAUACACAUACACAUACACAUACACACACACACACACACACACACACACACACACACACACACACACACACACACACACACACACACAUAUAUAUACAAGGAAAUAAAAAGAUAUAUGUUUGAACAAUGAACCACUGUCUAUUCUUAUAGUGAAUCAAAUUGAUUGAUUUUAAGCAAUGAAAUGUAAUUUGAUAGUUUGGAAACAGUUGUUAUUUACUGAUGUAGGCAAGAAUAUUUGUGGAAUUUGCUUGAUACAUUUAUGGGUGAACUGCAUUUUAAGAGGCUGUCUUAUGAUAUUGGAGUGAUACUCUGUUUUGUAUUUAGUAAUGAGUCUAAGCAAACAGUCAUGUGAUAUAUUAUGCAAUAAAGAUUUUGAAAGAUUUGCAA